AUGGCUCCUAGCACGAGACGUUCUCUCGCUGCCAAGAGUAGCCCAGCGGCCAGCGGCAAAGGCACGCCCGUCGCCGGUAGAGCCGGCAGGCCUGCUGCUGCUGCGCCGACACCCUCCGAGGCACCCAAGAGGCGUGGCAGGCCCCCGAAAGCUAAGGCCUCUGCUGUCAGUUCAGAAUCUGUCUCUUCGGUCCCUUCUCCUGCGCUGUCCAUCUCAGACAGUGGCGAGUACUCGACUCCAGCAACCAGUCACGUUGUGACACCAGCACCCUCAACUUCAGCGAAUCAGCCAAAAGCCAGCACCGGCCGGAGCCGUCUUGUUGUCGAGUUGCCAGACAGAGUUUCCGAUGAUGAAGACGAACUUGCCAAACCUCAGAGUUUCGAGACUGUCACUUCGUCAAGAGCUACGAGAGCCCGGCGACCCACUUCAUAUACCGUGGACGAUUCUGAUGACGACAACGCGGAAUUUGAAUACGACGAGUCCCCGGAUGCAGCAAUCGCCCGUCAGCUUCAACAUGAAGAGGACAGAAAGGCUGCCGCUAUCCAUGGCGCAAAACCGUCCUCCUCUAAACUCCCUUCACGCCGACGUACUAGAGCUUCAUUGGUUGCGAAGCAUGACACUGAUGAUGAGGAAUAUGUUCAGGAUGUCAUUCAGAACCUUGUCUCCGCGUCUUCAGCACGCAAAGGUAAGGGCAAAGCGGUCGCCCGAUCGACUACGCUGAAGCGCAAGGCCGUCUCUGCCUCAGAAGGUAGCGACGAGGAUUGGGAUGAUGACUACGACGAUGACGCCGGUCUCCCCGUCGAUGGGUCUGCAGAAGACAAAACUGACGAAGACGACGACGAGCCUUUGGCUCGCUCAGCCCCAGCUCGCAAGAAGAUCAAGACCCAGUCUUCGGCCUCUACUGCUAAGCGCAAGGGAAAGAAGAUUGCGAAGGCUCGCGCUACGAGCAGCACUGCCGACACCCCCAUUCUCGUUAGUGACGAGGAGGAUGGGUUCGUUACGCCUUCAGAUUUCUCUGACAUGGAUCUAUCUCAGACUGAGGAUGAAUUUGUCGAGGGUGAAGAUGGCAACGCAAUGCAACAAAUCGCCCGCCAGCGACGAGGUUUUGGCCACACUAUCCACAAGAAAAGAGCAAAGAAAGACCGUCUGCGAUUGGAACAUUUCCAUCCCGAACUCUUGACCAUGUGGGACAACCUGAGACAGAUGCCUGUUCUGAAGGAGGGCAUGGCAGAUCAGCCGGCAUCGAUCUCUCGCCAGCUGAAGCCCUUCCAACUGGAGGGCCUUGCUUGGAUGAGGAAGAUGGAAGAACUCAAGUGGAAGGGUGGCAUCUUGGGUGAUGAGAUGGGUUUGGGAAAGACCAUUCAGGCUGUCUCGCUCAUCAUGUCAGACUAUCCCGCCAAACAUCCCACCUUGGUUCUUGUGCCCCCGGUUGCUUUGAUGCAGUGGACUGCUGAGAUAGAGUCAUACACUGACGGCAGACUGACUACUCUCGUUUUUCACGGCACAAACUCCAAGGCCAAGAACAUGAAAGCCAAAGACCUGAAGAAAUACGAUGUCCUCAUGAUGUCAUACAAUACCUUGGAAUCUCUCUACCGCAAGCAGGAAAAGGGCUUCCAGCGCAAGGCGGGUUUGUACAAGGAAAAGAGUGCUGUUCACUCCAUCAGAUUCCACAGAGUGAUCCUCGAUGAGGCUCAUUGCAUCAAGACACGAACUACGAUGACUGCAAAAGCCUGCUUUGCUCUCAACGUUGACUAUCGCUGGUGUUUGACUGGCACGCCCUUGCAGAACCGUAUUGGCGAGUUCUUCUCGCUGAUUCGUUUCUUGAACAUGGACCCCUUUGCCUCGUACUUCUGCAAACAGUGCCCAUGCUCGACGCUUGAGUGGGCUAUGAAUGAUGAGGGCAGAUGCAAACACUGCAAUCAUGUGUCUAUGAGACAUGUGUCUGUGUUCAAUCAAGAGCUUCUCAACCCCAUUCAGAAGUAUGGCAACCGAGGCGAGGGCAAAGAAGCUUUCAAGAAGCUCCGCCUGAUGACGGACCGUAUCAUGCUGCGCCGCUUGAAGAAAGACCACACCAACUCUAUGGAGCUUCCCGUCAAGGAAAUCUACGUUGAUCGCCAGUUCUUCGGAGAAGAGGAAAAUGACUUUGCUAACAGCAUCAUGACCAGUGGCCAGCGUAAGUUUGACACUUACGUGGCUCAAGGUGUCCUCCUGAACAAUUAUGCCAACAUUUUCGGCUUGAUCAUGCAAAUGCGUCAGGUCGCCGAUCACCCAGAUCUCAUCCUAAAGAAGUCCGGCGAGGGUGGUCAGAACGUUUUACAGUGCUGUAUCUGUGACGAACCUGCCGAGGAAGCGAUUCGAUCCAGAUGCAAGCAUGACUUCUGCCGCGCUUGUGCAAAAAGCUACGUCAACUCGCAGGAGCAACCUGAUUGCCCCAUAUGCCACAUCCCGCUGUCAAUAGACCUUGAGCAGCCAGAGAUGGAGCAGGACGAGACGCUCGUCAAGAAGUCCUCCAUCAUCAACCGAAUCAACAUGGAGAACUGGACCUCGUCAUCCAAGAUCGAGCUUCUUGUGCACGAGCUGCACAAGUUGAGAUCUGACAACGCUUCUCACAAAUCCAUCAUUUUCUCUCAGUUCACGACCAUGCUUCAGCUCAUUGAGUGGCGCCUUCGCCGUGCCGGCAUCACCACGGUUAUGCUUGACGGCAGUAUGACCCCCGCUCAACGUCAAGCAUCGAUCAAUCAUUUCAUGACCAACACAGAUGUUGAGUGCUUCCUGGUAUCAUUGAAGGCCGGAGGCGUUGCACUCAAUCUCACAGAAGCUUCGCGGGUGUUCAUCGUCGACCCGUGGUGGAACCCCGCUGCUGAGUGGCAGUCUGCCGAUCGCUGUCAUCGUAUCGGUCAAACCCGCCCUUGCACGAUCACACGUCUCUGCAUUGAAGAUUCCGUAGAGAGUCGAAUCGUCCUUCUUCAGGAGAAGAAGACCAACAUGAUCAAUUCCACGAUCAACUCGGACGACGCGGCCAUGGAGUCUCUGACCCCCGAAGACCUUCAGUUCCUUUUCAGAGGUAGCUAA